UCGAUUGACUGCUACUGUGCUAAAUUCAGGAUUGUCCUCUGCUUGAAUAUAACUCCUCCACGGAUAUUUGGAUUCUCUCUCCAUAGCAACAGAGCGUCGGGACCCAGCUGGGGAGUGUUUUAUCUAGCUCUGCUCUGCCGACGAAUGGCAGAGCAGAGCACAGGGAGGUAGAGACAGAAUUUAAAAAAACUAUUCACUUCAGCUGUGUUACUGUGCGAUUGUCUCUCUUAGAUCAGCAGGCAGAUCGACAAGCAUUUCCACGCAGAUACCAGAGACAAAUGGAGAGAUGCAACAAUUUCACUCUUCACUUGAUCUGCCUGAGACUGAAUCACCCCAGCGCGUAUCCUUUUGUGUCAGAGACCCAUGUGUCCUCCUCAAUCAAUCCCCCAAGACCGACUGUGGGUUAACCCGGCAGACAGAGCCCCCUCCUCAGCCUCCCUCUCCCUGUCUGUGCCUCUAAUGUUGCUCUGUUCCUGCUUUGCCAAUUUCCAUUUACCCCAGCUAAGUAACCUUCCUCUUUCUGCAAAGCUCUCACCCUUACUCUCGCUGUCUCCCUCUCACUGCUUGCUAUCUCCCUACCCUAGCUUCUUCAAAGCCAGCAGCUUGCUACAUGAUCUCUUGGACAACGCUCGAGGCUGCUCUCUCGCUGCUCGAUGCCGGAGCUCUCUCAGAUUUUCAUCUCAAGAACGUCAAGAUGCUCCUGCAGAGGGAUUGAUCCCACCUUUUCCCCUCUCGUUCUCCCCUUCCCCUUCCCCUCCCCUUUCCUAAUCUCCUGACCUCUGACCCUCACGCCCCCUUCUCUUUCCCGACACUCCUUCCCAUUCUUCCUCACCCCAAGUCUCCACUCCUCCUCUCUGCGCUCACCCUGGUGACCAUGUUGCCAUGUGUCUGCUGGCUCCAGCCUCUCCUCGUCUUGCUGUCCUCUGUCUUACGGGCUCAGGGGGAAAACUGCCCAGCGAGCUGCCUGUGCCCGGAUCCCCACACUGUGGACUGCAGCGGCCGUGGACUCACCCGUCUUCCUGAUGAGAUCCCCUUGGACGUACGCAGGCUCCUUCUGUCUGACAACUGGAUCCCCCACAUUCCCUCUGACUUCCUAGUGCUCUACAUUGACCUGGUCUACCUGGACCUGCGGAACAACGCUCUGUCCCACAUCGAGCCGGGCACCCUCAGCACCUCUUCCAGGCUGGUGUUUCUGGACUUGGGCAGCAACAACCUGACUGACAUCCCCUCGGGCACCUUUGGGCAGUCCCGUAGCCUGAUCAAACUUCGACUGGGUAACAACCCCUAUCUGAGCAUGGUCAACGAGGACGCGUUCCUGGGCCUCACCUCGUUGCGUGAACUGGAGCUGGAGCGUAAUGCCCUGUCUAGCCUUCAGGUGGGGGCGCUGAGCCAGUUGCCCUCUUUACGGGUGGUGAGGCUGGAGGGCAACCCUUGGGUGUGCAACUGCAACUUUGCCAACCUGUUUGCAUGGCUGGAGGAAAACAGUCACAAGCUUCCAAAUGGAGUGGAGGGCAUAGAGUGUUCACUACCCAUGGAUGGCAGACAGGUGUCCCUGAGCCAGCUCUCACAGGACAGCUUCCGGGAGUGCCAGAUCACCCUUACCUUAACAGACUUACUUAUCAUCAUCUUCUCCGGCAUCUCUGUGUCUGUAGUGGCCAUCAUGACCAGCUUUUUCCUGGCCUCCAUUGUCCACUGUUUCCAGCGUACAAGCAAAACCUCUAAGGGAGAUGAGGAGGAGAGUGAGGAGUGAGACUGUCUUAGCCCCAGAGCAUGCCUGAACUGACACUUCAUCUGGUUCAACCUUGAGACCAGGCUGCUACCCAACAACAACUUUCCGCCUCACACUGGUAGAGAACUGGAAGAGAGAUAGACUGUUUUAGUGGCACAUUUUGCAGUGGAUUGUGGGGUUUUAUAAGAGCCCUGAUAUUGCAGGAGAUAUUGUCCUCUCAAGGUGUGAAAAAUAUAUAAACAUGUCCCAGUAUGAAUUAUACU